AAUUGAAUAUAUAAAGAAAGUUUGACUCUUGGAUUAUAAACUCUCUCGACAGUAAAUUGAUCCCAAGAUCUCCCUAGAGACUUUGAAGCACACUGCAGGGAAAAUGGAGGCCACCCUCUGGACUCCAUUGCUAUGUCUCCUCUCGCUCAUGGCAAUCUUCACCAGCACUCGCGGCGGCGGCGAUCCCCUCGACCUCAACGGCAACAUCACCUUACGGUGGGACGUCAUGUCGUGGACGCCGGAUGGUUACGUGGCAUUAGUCAACAUCGCAAACUACCAGCAAUAUCGGACGGUGAUGGAGCCCGGUUGGAGACUCCAGUGGACGUGGGCGCGGAAGGAGGUCAUAUGGAGCACGGUCGGGGCACGCCCGCUGCACCGAGGAGAUUGCUCUUCGUUCAAGGGUAACAUGCCCGCAUCCUGCAUGCGCAGCCCGACCAUCGUCGAUCUGACUGCUGAUGUGCCCUUGACGGACCAGAUCGCGGGCUGUUGCAAGGGGGGAGUCCUGUUGACCCAGCUCCAGGAUGCUCGGAAGUCAACGGCGGAGUUCCAGAUCGCCGUGGGGAAUGCAGGGACGACGAAGAAGACGGUACAGAUGCCCAAGAACUACACUCUGACCGUGCCGGGCGGCCGGUACUCUUGCUCGACCGCGAAGAUCGUGCGGCCCACCCAAUUCUUGUCCCCAGAUCGGAGGAGGAUCACUCAAGCCUUGAUGACGUGGCAGGUGGUGUGCCGCCACACUCCGCCGCGAGGGUACAAGCCGCCGUGCUGCGUGUCCUUGUCCUCCGAUCGUGGGCUGAAGAUCCCGUGCGGUACGUGCGCGUGCAAUUGCAAGCCCUCCGACGCCAGGUCGUGCGCUCCGAAAUCGCCGGUCCAAUGCACCAACCACAUGUGCCCGGUCAGCAUAAAUUGGCACUUGCUGUCCAGAAGCAAAGGAAGCGUUCGGUGGUUUGAGGUGUCGAUAUCGAACCUGAAUCGCCGCGCAAAUUACACGGAUUGGAUCCUCAUGAUUCAGCAUCCGGUGGCACAAAAGUUUGCUAGUGCCGACACAAACUACUGGUCGCUGCCGCCCAAGCUUGGGAGCAUGGAAGUGGUGUGGGGGAUCAAACACUACAGUCGAGGGCUAGGGCCGCUCGGAAGCGGUCGUUCCACGGCGAAGUUCGAAAUAAGUUACGAAGGAAGUCCUGGGAAAUGGAACUUCUCAAGCAAUGUUUUCUUCAACGGCGAUCGAUGUGCCAAUCCGCCUCUACCUCGAUGAGGCUCAAUCCUCGACGGGAAUGCAUCUUGUUUUUUCUAAUCCGGGACUAUGUUUUU